GUGAGCUCUCUUUCGCUGCGGAGCGCGAGCGCGAGGCACGAUGGGCCGCCGACCCGCGCGAUGUUACAGAUACUGCAAGAACAAGCCGUAUCCCAAGUCACGGUUCUGCCGUGGUGUCCCAGACCCAAAGAUCCGGAUCUUUGACUUGGGCCGCAAGAAGGCCAAGGUGGACGAGUUUCCGCUCUGUGGCCACAUGGUGUCCGACGAGUACGAGCAGCUGUCGUCUGAAGCAUUGGAGGCGGCCCGUAUCUGUGCCAACAAGUACAUGGUGAAGACCUGCGGCAAGGAUGGCUUCCACAUUCGUAUGCGGCUGCAUCCCUUCCACGUCAUCCGCAUCAACAAGAUGUUGUCCUGCGCCGGAGCCGAUAGGCUUCAGACAGGCAUGCGGGGUGCGUUUGGGAAGCCCCAGGGCACUGUGGCCCGGGUAAACAUCGGCCAGGUCAUCAUGUCAGUGCGCACCAAGACACAGAAUAAGGAGCACGUCAUUGAGGCUCUGCGCAGGGCCAAGUUCAAGUUUCCAGGCCGGCAAAAGAUCCACAUCUCCAAGAAGUGGGGUUUCACAAAGUUCAACACAGAGGACUUUGACGGGAUGGUGGCAGAGAAGCGGCUGAUUCCUGACGGCUGUGGAGUCAAAUAUAUCCCCAACCGGGGUCCACUAACUGCCUGGAAGGCCCUGUAUGCGUGAGAGCAGAGCCUGCCCUUUCCACUGAAUAAACUGUUUGAUCCAC